GCUCAAGACACCACGGCGCUGCAGGUUCGCCCCAGAAAACACCCGCAAAACCGCGCGACCCGAGACCUAAUGUUGUUGUCGACCGUCGUGCAGCCGCUCGACCCUACAUUGAGAUGUCAUCAUCCUAUCGGCCGCAUCCGCUGCGGCAAUCGCAAACUGCCGACUACGCCGUCUCCCGUCAGCCCUCAAAUGCAUCUUCAUCGGCAUCCUCGGGUUAUUCUAGCACGUCGUCCGGCGCAUUCGAGUUCAGUCGGGGUUCCAUGUCAUCCUCGCCCGCCAGCAUCUAUUCCACUUAUGGCCACAAGCGCGGGCUGAGUGAAGUCCCCCGCCGCACCCCGCCUCCCAGCUCGUCAUUGCAAAGCCAUCCCUCCAAGUCCGUACACGAGAACAUCUACCACGCUGCUCGGCAGUCUCUCCGACCGCUACCUCCGCUCCCCCGACCGACGACACCACCCCGCGUUCCCGCUCGCCAUGACCGCGGCCACAGUGUUGACAUCGGGAAGCUCUCUAUUGCCGACCAUGCACAGACAUCGCCGCCUCCGCCGACGCCGCCUACCCCGCCCCGGCACUCGCCUGCGGCACGUCCAACCUCGAUGGUCUUGACGCGCUCCGACUCCGUGCGUCGCGGCAGCGACCCCAUCCCGCCGUCACUGGUCCACGCACACACUGCUCCUCUCUCCACGCCCGAUCUCGAGAGACUCGGCCGUUCCUCGACUAACCAGCUGCGCACCUUGUCGAAGCUCGCGCAAUCGGGCUCUGCCGAGGAAUUCUCUAUCACCUCUUCAGCCCAGGAGGUCGUCGGUCUUCGAGGCCGUCGCAGACUGCAACGCACCGACGGAGCUGGGGCCAACCGCCCGGCGCAGCGGACCGGCGGGUACGGCUGGGAGGGUCGGAACUGGAUGGAUAAGCAGCGCCAGUUCCUCCAGGCGUACGAGUACCUUUGCCAUAUUGGCGAAGCCAAGGAGUGGAUCGAGGACGUUAUCCAGCGCACGAUCCCGCCCAUUGUGGAGCUGGAAGAGACCUUGCGAGACGGCGUCACCCUUGCGGAGGUGGUCGAGGCCUUAAAUCCCCACCGCCGGUUCAAAAUCUUCCGCCAUCCGCGCCUCCAAUAUCGGCAUUCGGACAAUAUCGCCAUUUUCUUCCGUUACCUGGACGAAGUUGAACUCCCGGACCUGUUUCGAUUCGAGCUUAUCGACCUAUACGAGAAGAAGAAUAUACCCAAGGUCAUCCAUUGCAUCCACGCCUUGAGUUGGCUCCUUUACCGGAAGGGCAUAGUGGGCUUUCGUAUCGGAAACCUCGUUGGGCAGCUGGAGUUUGAGCACCAUGAGCUGGAAGCGACGCAGAAGGGUCUCGAUAAGCUCGGCGCGAACAUGCCUAGCUUCGGCAACAUGGGAGCUGACUUUGGGGUCGAGGAGCCCCCCGAGCCCGAGGAGACCGAGGAAGAGCGGAUCGACAGGGAGCUUGCCGAGAAUGAAGCAGGUGUGGUCGAAUUGCAGGCCCAAAUACGUGGCGCCGUACUUCGAAUGCAGCUCGGCCAGAUUAUGCAGCACCUUUGGGAUUCCGAGGAUUGGCUGGUCGACCUCCAAGCUCGUGUCCGGGGUGACUUCACGCGCCAAAUCAUGGGCUAUCGGCUCCAGAUGAGACGCUUCGCCAUCCGACUUCAAAGCGCCGCACGCGGCUUUCUCGUGCGCCGUCGGCAGGCAUGGACCCAGCAUGUCUGGAAGAGUGUGGAAGGAGACAUUCUGAAGCUCCAGAGUCUUGUGCGGGCACGCAAGGCUCGCAACGAGGUACGAGAGCAGCGUUCUCAGUUGAUGGUAGUCGCCGGUCCCAUUCGCGAUAUCCAAGCUACCUUCCGCGGCUUUUUGUUGCGGAAAAAAAUGAUUACUCAGGAGCAGGAAGUGAAGCACAUGGCUGCCCCUGUCUCCGGGCUGCAGGCCGCCGUUCGCGGGUUGCUGCUGAGGAAGCGGCUUGAAGAGGACCGGGCAGAACUGGAGUCGCAGGCUAGCAUCAUCGCUUGCCUGCAGGCCGCAGCCAAGGCCGUGCUGACACGAAAUCAGGUCGCACUGCAGAGGGAAGCACUCGAGAGUCUGGGUCCCGUGUGGAAGUCACUGCAGGCUGCUUGCCGCGGGAACCUUGCUAGAGGCAGUGUCGGCAUGCUCAAGGCAGAACUGGGACAGCAUUCGCCAAGCCUAGGUGUCCUUCAGGCGCACAUCAGGGCAGCCGCCGUGCGCAGGGAGAUAUCAGAAAAGCUCGAGGGUCUGGCUCAUGCGGAGGACGAAAUCGUGGCCCUCCAGUCCGCGAUCAGGGCCAUGCUGGAACGGAACCGGGUGUCAAAUCUUCUCGAUGGGCUCGAUGCACAGGAGGCCUCGAUCAUCGAACUGCAAUCCCGCAUCCGCGGCUUCCUCUACCGGCAGCAACACCAAGCCUUUCUCAACGAGCUCCACACCGGUGCGGAGGAGGUUUCUGCGUUACAGUCACUCGCUAGGGCGAUGCUUCUUCGCGACAGUGUUGCCAGAGUCCUCGACGAGCUCGAGGAGAACGAAGAAUCCAUCGGCGAGAUCCAGGCCGCAGCGAAGGCCUUCAUUGUCCGAGCAAGGUUCGAGGCAAAGAAGCGCCACUACAACGAGAACAUGCAGAAGGUGGUCAAGAUUCAGAGCUUCGUCCGUGCCAAGCUCCAAGGCCAGGCGUACAAGAGCCUCACAUCUGGCAAGAACCCGCCAGUCAAUGCUGUCAAGAACUUCGUGCAUCUGCUGAACGACAGCGACUUCGACUUCAACGAAGAGGUCGAGUUUGAGCGGCUGCGCAAGACGGUGGUUCAGCAGGUCCGGCAAAACGAGAUGCUGGAGCUCUACAUUGACCAGCUGGACAUCAAGAUCGCCCUCCUCGUCAAGAACAAGAUCACUCUCGACGAGGUUGUGAAACACCAGCACAACUUCGGCGGGCAUGCCAGCAACCUUCUCGCCAACAGCUCCAUCGCCAGCGUCAACCAGUUCGAUCUCAAGGCCCUGAAUAAGGGCUCCAGGAAGAAGCUGGAAUCCUACCAGCAGCUCUUCUUUGCGCUCCAGACACAGCCCCAGUAUUUGGCCAGGCUCUUCAGGCGCCUGCGUGAGCAAGGAACUGCCGAAAAGGAGUGCAAGCGGAUUGAGCACCUCAUGAUGGGUCUCUUUGGCUACGCGCAAAAGCGCAGAGAAGAAUAUUAUCUUCUGAAGCUGAUUGGGAGGUCAAUCCGGGAGGAAGUGGACGCUUCCAACACCCUCCAGGACUACCUUCGCGGCAAUUUCUUCUGGACCAGGCUUCUCCACAACUACACCAGAUCCCCACGAGACAGGAAAUUUCUCAGGGACCUGCUUGGGCCUCUGAUCCGGGACAACAUCAUCGAAGACGACGAGCUGGAUUUGGAGAGCGACCCUAUGCAGAUCUACCGGUCCGCCAUCAACAACGAGGAGCUAAGGACAGGCCGCCCAAGCAGCCGCCCGCUGGACAUUCCGCGAGAGCUCGCUAUCAAAGAUCCGGAGACGAAGGCAGUCUUCAUUGAUCAUUUGCGUGAUCUCCGGGAGAUCUGCGACCAGUUCCUGGUAGCUCUGGAGGACCUCCUCCCUCGCAUGCCCUACGGCCUCCGAUUCGUGUGCCGGCAGACCUUCGACGCGCUCUGCCAGCGGUUCCAGCGAGAACCCCGGCAGCGCCUCCUGCAGGUAGUCGCAAACUGGCUCUGGAAGUCUUACCUCCAGCCAGCCGUGACGAAGCCUGAGAACGUUGGCGUGAUAGACAAGCAACUGAGCCCGCUUCAAAAGCGCAACCUGGGAGAGGUGGCGAAAGUCCUCGGCCAGAUCGCGUCCGGAAGGCAGUUCGGCGGAGACAACAUCUACCUUCAGCCUCUCAAUGCUUUCGUCGCGGAGUCUAUUGAGCGCCUGGCGCAGCUCACGGAGAACCUCAUCGCCGUGCCCGACGCCGAGAGCACCUUCGACAUUGACGAGUUCAAUGACCUCUACGCCAAGAACAAGCCAACCUUGUACAUCAAAAUGACGGACAUCUUCGCCAUCCACAGCCUCAUCGCCUCGGAGUUGCCGCACCUCAGCCUGAGCAGAGACGACAUGUUGCGCGAGAUCAUGCAGGACCUCGGCAGUGCAAAACAUAACGAAAGCGAGAUGACGGCAGCUGGCUCGUCGGAUAUCCAGUUGUUCCUGACACCUAAGUUGCACGAUCUCGAGGACCCCGAUGCAGACGUCAAGGCGCUCUUCAUGGAGACAAAGCGAUGCAUUCUGUACAUUAUUCGCGUGCAGACCGGCGCCAACCUCUUGGAGAUUCUUGUCAAGCCCAUCACACCGGAGGACGAGCACAAGUGGGCCAUGUUGUUACGGGAGGACUUCGCCAGCGGCUCGAACACCCGCGGCGCCUACUCGGACGCGAACAUGGUGGACGUGACCAGGAUGUCCUAUCACGAUCUGAAGAGGAUAGCUCUGGAGAACGUCUUGAAAUUGGAGCAGAUGGGCCGCAUCUCGCGACACAACCACUACCAGGACAUUCUCAAUGCGAUCGCUCUCGACAUCCGCACAAAGAGCCGGCGGAGGGUGCAGAGGCAGCGGGAGCUCGAGGGCGUCCGUCUGACGCUAGCCAACCUGCACGAAAAGGCUAAGUACCUGGAGCAGCAGCGCAAGAGUUACGACGACUACAUUGAGCAGGCGAUGGCGACGCUGCAAAACAAGAAAGGCAAGAAACGGUUCCUCCUCCCGUUCACGAAGCAGUACAACCACCAGCGCGAGCUGGAGCGCUCGGGGCGCGUGCCCAAGUUCGGGUCGUACAAGUACAGCGCGCGCGCGCUGUCGGACAAGGGCGUCGUCGUCUCGUGGCAGGGCAUCCCCGAGCGCGACUGGGGCCAGAUCAACCUGACCAUCUCGUGCGACGAGGUCGGCGUCUUCAGCAUCGAGGGCAGCCGCGGCCACAUCCAGAUGCCCGGCGCCAGCGCGCUCGUGCCCAUCGAGGACCUGCUGCAGGCCCAGUUCGAGACCCACCAGUUCAUGACCCUCUUCGAGGGCUGCCUGCGCCUCAACGUCAACCUGCUGCUGCAUCUGCUGUACAAGAAGUUCUAUCGGACGCAGUAAGGUGGAGUUGCACAUGGCACUGCGCCCUGUCGUGGUGGGGAUUUGUUUGUGCAGGAAUGCGACAGGAGGAGAAGGGAGGUAGGGGGUUGAGAGGGGUUGCGAUGCUUCUUCUCUUCGGGCUUAGAUGAGUUUUUCUUUCUCUUUUUCAUUCUUUUCGCCUCUGACUGGCGGUCACUUCACUUCCUUUUUUUUUUUUUU